AUGACCAUUGCCCUACACCAGACGUUGUCGUAUGCCCGACGUGCAGCACCGACAACCCCACCCAGUCGCAUCCGUGCACUACCCACUCCAAAACCUGUGAUGGACCUCACCCUACGACGGAUUCAAACUGCCCUCGGCGUGAGAGAAAAGUCGCGCUCCAAGAGCCGAUCCAAAUCGCGUCGCAAGUCCAAGACCUGCUCUAAGUCCCGGACCCGCUUCAAGUCCCGGACCCGCUCCCAAUCCCUGACCUGCUCCCAAUCCCGGACUUGCCUCAAGUCCCGCUCCUGCUUCUGCGAGGAAUCACGGCGCCCAUUAAAGACGCGCGCUCCUUUCCUAUCUACACGACAACCCUACAAGAAGGCUUUGACGAGCAAGCCUGUUGGCAAGGAGGUGCACGCUUUCUCCGAGCAGCAGCGGGCCCCGGAACGGAAAGCGACCAAGGUGGCUCAUCGGGAGAAAGCAGACCCGAGUGCCCUGAAGCACCACACUGGGAUGUGGUUCCGUGCCCAUCUCGGCCAGGUGUCAUGUUGCCCAUCUAACCUCAACGUGAUCGCCAUGAUGCAGCGCACGCACUUACCGACCACGCUGCCGCAAGGCGAAGACGGGGGCGACAGAUCUCCAUUGAAAGAAAUACGUGUUGAAGACAACGUACCGAAGAACUUUCAGUGGAAAAAGAAAGUUUACGGGCCCUCAUCAGACAUCGACUUCAGCGGUCACAACGAGUGCCCACCGGAGGCGGUUGAAACUUGUACGCCAUACACGCACUUUUUGAGGUACGGACCCGAGUCCAUUUUCAGAGUAAUAGCAGAACACACGAAUCAAUAUAGUGUGAAAACAACUUUGCAUAAUGUGAAUACCACAGCCACUGAAAUGAGAAAGCUGUUUGGUAUGCAUAUCCUGAUGGGCGUCGUUCACUUACCUCGGGUAAGGCUGUAUUGGAACCCAAUGAUUAAGGUUCCUCUCAUCAGCAAAACUAUGACGGAGAAGCGCUUUUUCAAGCUUCGAAAUAAUCUUCACAUUGUUCUAGAAGAUUCUGGACUUGACAGGAAAGAUCGCCUGUGGAAAGGGCGUCCAUUUCUAAGGCUCAUACGAAAGCGAUGCUUGAAGCUGCCUCUUGAACAGGAAUGCUCACUCGACGAGCAAAUGACCCCUUUUAAAGGCCAGCUUUCAAUAAAGCAGUAUGUGAAAGGCAAGCCAUCUCUCUGGGGCAUAAAAGUGUUUGCUCUGUGUGGUAGCAGUGGUUUACUCUACGACUUUGCGAUAUACCAGGGGGAAAACACGAUUCCUGCCGACCUGAAAAAAGAAUACGGUCUUUGUUCUGGUGUUGUCUUUCAUCUAUCUAAAAGAAUUUCUUAUGGAUGCAAUUAUCAACUUUACUUUGAUAACUACUUUACAUCAGUGCCUCUCCUUCGCCAGCUACGAGAGCACAGAAUUUUGGCAGCUGGAACUGUGCGAAAAAACAGGCUGGGAAAGUGCCCUCUUGAAUCCAAAAAGGUGAUGAACAAAAAGCUGCGAGAAUACUCUGCUGAAUACGUCACAAGUGAUGAUGUUGUAGUAGUGAUCUGGAAAGACAACAAUGAUGUGUCGGUCGCGUCCAACUUUGUUGGCAUUUGUAAUGAAGAGGAUGUCAGAAGGUGGGACAAAACUAAGCGUGAACACAUAUUAGUGAAGCAGCCGGAGGUCAUUGCCAAGUACAAUCGAAGUAUGGGAAGCGUGGACAAGAUGGACUUUCUUUUGAGCUUGUACCGCACCAAUAUCAGGUCAAAAAAUGGACGCUGA